AUGUGCUAAGUUGUCUGUGGAAAAAGUUAUUCGAGGUACAAAGACUUAACAUUUUCUCAACUUUUCCAAAAAAAUUCCUCAUUUUGCCACUUUGGAUGCUUAUAACUCGGUCAGUUUUCGUUGGAUCUUCAAUUGUAACACAUAUUUGGAUAGAUCUGGUCAUUAGCUACCAAAAGUUAUUCUACGCCGAUGUGCUAAAUUGUCUGUGGAAAAAGUUAUUCGAGGUACAAAGACUUAACAUUUUCUCAACUUUUCCAAAAAAAUUCCUCAUUUUGCCACUUUGGAUGCUUAUAACUCGGUCAGUUUCCAAUGGAUCUUCAAUUGUAGCACAUAUUUGGAUAGAUCUGGUCAUUAGCUACCAAAAGUUAUUCUACGCCGAUGUGCUAAGUUGUCUGUGGAAAAAGUUAUUCAAGGUACAAAGACUUAACAUUUUCUCAACUUUUCCAAAAAAAAUCCUCAUUUUGCCACUUUGGAUGCUUAUAACUCGGUCAGUUUCCAAUGGAUCUUCAAUUGUAGCACAUAUUUGGAUAGAUCUGGUCAUUAGCUACCAAAAGUUAUUCUACGUCGAUGUGCUAAGUUGUUUGUGGAAAAAGUUAUUCGAGGUACAAAGACUUAACAUUUUCUCAACUUUUCCAAAAAAUUCCUCAUUUUGCCACUUUGGAUGCUUAUAACUCGGUCAGUUUCCAAUGGAUCUUCAAUUGUAGCACAUAUUUGGAUAGAUCUGGUCAUUAGCUACCAAAAGUUAUUCUACGCCGAUGUGCUAAGUUGUCUGUGGAAAAAGUUAUUUGAGGUACAAAGACUUAACAUUUUCUCAACUUUUCCAAAAAAAUUCCUCAUUUUGCCACUUUGGAUGCUUAUAACUCGGUCAGUUUCCAAUGGAUCUUCAAUUGUAGCACAUAUUUGGAUAGAUCUGGUCAUUAGCUACCAAAAGUUAUUCUACGCCGAUGUGCUAAGUUGUCUGUGGAAAAAGUUAUUUGAGGUACAAAGACUUAACAUUUUCUCAACUUUUCCAAAAAAAUUCCUCAUUUUGCCACUUUGGAUGCUUAUAACUCGGACAGUUUCCAAUGGAUCUUCAAUUGUAGCACAUAUUUGGAUAGAUCUGGUCAUUAGCUACCAAAAGUUAUUCUACGCCGAUGUGCUAAGUUGUCUGUGGAAAAAGUUAUUUGAGGUACAAAGACUUAACAUUUUCUCAAUUUUUCUAAAAAAAUUCCUCAUUUUGCCACUUUGGAUGCUUAUAACUCGGUCAGUUUCCAAUGGAUCUUCAAUUGUAGCACAUAUUUGGAUAGAUCUGGUCAUUAGCUACCAAAAGUUAUUCUACGCCGAUGUGCUAAGUUGUCUGUGGAAAAAGUUAUUCGAGGUACAAAGACUUAACAUUUUCUCAACUUUUCCAAAAAAAUUCCUCAUUUUGCCACUUUGGGUGCCUAUAACUCAGUCAGUUUCCAAUGGAUCUUCAAUUGUAGCACAUAUUUGGAUAGAUCUGGUCAUUAGCUACCAAAAGUUAUUCUACGCCGAUGUGCUAAGUUGUCUGUGGAAAAAGUUAUUCGAGGUACAAAGACUUAACAUUUUCUCAACUUUUCCAAAAAAAUUCCUCAUUUUGCCACUUUGGAUGCUUAUAACUCGGUCAGUUUCCAAUGGAUCUUCAAUUGUAGCACACAUAUGGAUAGAUCUGGUCAUUAGCUACCAAAAGUUAUUCUACGCCGAUGUGCUAAGUUGUCUGUGGAAAAAGUUAUUCGAGGUACAAAGACUUAACAUUUUCUCAACUUUUCCAAAAAAAUUCCUCAUUUUGCCACUUUGGAUGCUUAUAACUCGGUCAGUUUCCAAUGGAUCUUCAAUUGUAGCACAUAUUUGGAUAGAUCUGGUCAUUAGCUACCAAAAGUUAUUCUACGCCGAUGUGCUAAGUUGUCUGUGGAAAAAGUUAUUCGAGGUACAAAGACUUAACAUUUUCUCAACUUUUCCAAAAAAAAUUCCUCAUUUUGCCACUUUGGAUGCUUAUAACUCGGUCAGUUUCCAAUGGAUCUUCAAUUGUAGCACAUAUUUGGAUAGAUCUGGUCAUUAGCUACCAAAAGUUAUUCUACGCCGAUGUGCUAAGUUGUCUGUGGAAAAAGUUAUUUGAGGUACAAAGACUUAACAUUUUCUCAAUAUUUCUAAAAAAAUUCCUCAUUUUGCCACUUUGGAUGCUUAUAACUCGGUCAGUUUCCAAUGGAUCUUCAAUUGUAGCACAUAUUUGGAUAGAUCUGGUCAUUAGCUACCAAAAGUUAUUCUACGCCGAUGUGCUAAGUUGUCUGUGGAAAAAGUUAUUUGAGGUACAAAGACUUAACAUUUUCUCAACUUUUCCAAAAAAAUUCCUCAUUUUGCCACUUUGGAUGCUUAUAACUCGGACAGUUUCCAAUGGAUCUUCAAUUGUAGCACAUAUUUGGAUAGAUCUGGUCAUUAGCUACCAAAAGUUAUUCUACGCCGAUGUGCUAAGUUGUCUGUGGAAAAAGUUAUUUGAGGUACAAAGACUUAACAUUUUCCCAAUUUUUCUAAAAAAAUUCCUCAUUUUGCCACUUUGGAUGCUUAUAACUCGGUCAGUUUCCAAUGGAUCUUCAAUUGUAGCACAUAUUUGGAUAGA